AUGAAUUUGAGUAUUGAGAAGCACCCCAUGUGCUUCAUAUCGCGUCUAACAGGAAAUUACGUGAAUGAGCAAGAAAGUGGUUCAGACCUCAUACGAGGUCACAGAACGUCGAGACUCACUGCUGGGCUUCACAAGUGCUCUGGGAGAGUGGAGGUGCUUCAUGGAGGUUCCUGGUCCACAGUGUGUGAUGCUGACUUUGACCAGCAGGAUGCAGAGGUUGUGUGUCGAGAGCUGGGCUGUGGGAUUCCUGUGGAGGUGCUGGGAUCCGCUGCUUUUGGCCGAGGGGAGGGUCACACAGGGGCGCGGCUGGUGAACGGACCGGACUCCUGUUCUGGUCGAGUGGAGCUCCAGUACCUCAGUGACUGGGGCACAGUUUGUGCUGUAGGCUGGGAUAUGAGAGCUGCAGAUGUUCUCUGUGCACAGCUGGAUUGUGGGAGUGCUGUGGCUGUGGUGGAGGUGGACUGGUUUGGGGAGGGGAGUGGCCACAUCUGGGCCGAUGUGUUUGAUUGUCAGGGGAAGGAGGCACACCUAUCACAAUGUGGCAUCUCAUCAUGGAGUCGAGCUGCAUGCUCUCAUAAACACGAUGCUGGAGUCAUCUGUAAUGGAUCAUCCGUGGCAUUUCAUGAGGGGCGAGUGCGGUUGUCUGGAGGGAGCGAGUGUCAGGGGGAGGUGGAUAUUUAUUUCAGGCAGGACUGGAGGAGAGUUCUCCUGGACUCGUGGAGUCUGUCUGAGGCGUCUGUGCUCUGCAGACAGCUGGGCUGUGGCUCCGUGCUGAACUACCGCUCCUCUCCAUCCACCACUGAACACAAACACAUGUGUGUAACGGGUUUCAGCUGCUCUGGGAGUGAAGCUCAUCUGGGGAACUGCAGCAGUGCACAACCUGUCAACUGCAGCUCCGGGGAACAGCUGUACAUCACCUGCUCAGACCCCAGGUCCAUCAGGUUGGUCGGUUCUGGGGGAGACUGUGCAGGAAGGCUGGAGGUUUUCCACAGCGGCUCGUGGGGGACAGUGUGUGAUGACUCGUGGGAUAUUGAGGAUGCGCAGGUGGUGUGCAGACAGCUGCAGUGUGGAGUGGCCCUCAGUACCCACAUACCAGCCUGGUUUGGUCCUGGAACUGGGUCCAUAUGGCUGAAUGAGGUGGAGUGUGAGGGGAACGAGACGUCCCUGUGGAACUGCAGAUUUCAGCUGUGUGAAGAGGGUGAAUGUGGACACCAGGAGGAUGUAGGAGUCGUGUGCUCAGAGUUUAAAGAGAUCCGACUCACGGAGGGCUGUGAGGGGAAUCUGGAAGUGUUCUACAAUGGAACCUGGGGUAAUGUGUGUCACAAUCAGAUGGAUGAGGAGACAGUAAACAUGGUGUGUCGAGAGCUGAACUGUGGAAGACGUGGCAGUCUGUCAAACACUGAAGCACGAGUAAAAUCUGCUCCUGACUGGCUGGAUUAUCUGAAGUGUAGGAAACACGACUCUAAUCUGUGGCAGUGUCCAUCUUCACCCUGGGGACAGAACACAUGUGAUAAUGGUGAUGAGGUGGCUCGUAUUACCUGCACAGAUGAUGGAAAGUCUCUACGUACACAAGAAAAGUGCUCUUCAUUUCCCUCUCAGAAACACUGCUCAAAGCACUGGUCUCUCAGGCUGAGUGGAGGAGAGGGAAGCUGCUCUGGGAGGUUGGAGGUGUAUCAUAACGCUACGUGGGGCUCCGUUUGUGAUGAUCAGUGGAACAUCAGGAACGCUCAGGUGGUGUGCAGACAGCUGGGCUGUGGGUCGGCGCUGAGUGCUGAUAGGAAUGUUAGUUCUGGUCCUGGUGAAGGGACUAUCUGGCUGAACAGAGUGAAGUGUCGAGGGGAUGAGAUUCACCUGUGGGACUGUCAUCAUUCCCUGAAGAAACACACUGACUGCUCUCCUGCUGGAGUCACCUGUGCAGACUUAUCUGUGUCCACUGCUAUUACACCCACAUCAGCAACACACACCACCACAACAGUAACUCAGUUAAUGAGUAUUACCGCUCUAAACCCGCCAUCUGACGCUCCAUCCACCCCUCCACUGGUUCUCUUUGGUUUGGGAACGCUGCUCUUCCUGGCCUUAGUGCUUUUGGUGGUACUCUUUGACCAGAACAGAGUGCUCAGGAGAGUUCUCUCUAAGACUCAUCCUGAGGUAGUUUAUGAGGAGAUCAAUCACAGACAACACACGACUUAUGAGAUGAUCAACCACAAAUACUUAACUAGAAGAACCAUGAUCUCCACUCAAAGAGGAAGUCUCCUCUCUGAAGAACAGCAUUCUGGGUAUGAGCAUGUGGAUGAUGAGCUUCUCUCAGUAAAGUCUGGGACUGGAGAAAAGGCUGAGUAUUAUGAUGACGUCAUCGACACCAGUGACUUCAUAAGUGAUACAGGAAGAGUUGACCCACCAGAGGACUACGAUGAUGCCGUCACUGCUGGACCGAUCCCUGAUAACGUGGAUGAGGAUGAAGCUGAGAAUUAUGAUGACGCCGUUACAGCUGAUCAGAAGUCAGUUAUACUGACAGGCCUGCCAUGA